UCCGGAAGAAGAAAACAAAUGAUUAUAAUAAAUUUCCACUAAAUUCGUUUAAAUUAUUCCCAGAAUAAAUUAACUAAUAAAACUAUAACUAACCUUUAUUUAAUUUGAUUUCGCUGAAUUUUUGUGUUAUUCUUCUUCACUGUUGUGGAUUUCCUGUGAAUCUUCUUCUCCUGAGCUCGCUUCACGAACAAGGAUCACUUUCUGGUGGAAUUUUCUCAGAGUUCAAGAUUCCAGUGCUUUCGAUCCUGAAGAAGGGGAGUAACAGAUUCAUUUAGUUCACUUGAAGAUUGCAUGCGCCUGAAGAUAACAUUUUGCGUGGACUGCAUUUUGAAGAAUGUUGAUAGUGAAUUAUCACCUAUAAGCUCUCUUCUUCUUGCGUGCAUUGGUUCUGGGUGUCUACUAGUGAACCCGCCAUGGCUUUUGGUUCUCCUAGGAAUUCUAUUUUAGCUGCGGCUGGAUUUCCUCGGAAAGUCUCUACUGUUGCAAUUGCUAUUGGCGGAUUGGCUUCAUUCUUUGUUUUCGGAUUGUUGCUUCGUCUUUCGUAUCCGAAUAGUUCUUCUGUUAGUGGCAUAUUUUAUGGGAUAGGGAAUCCUGAACAAGUUCAUGUCCCUUUAUCUUUGAGCAACCAUACCGUAAAAAUCCUUCAGAAGAGUAGUGACAUCAAUGCCUUUGAUAAAAAUCUGACUUCUGAUUCCAGCUCAGGCUCAACCCAUGUUGUUAGCAAAAACAUACAACCGCCAGAUUCCGAUAGUGAUAGGAAGUUGGAGACACCUUUGACACAAGAAAAAGAGGAUUCCGUUUCUUCGGAUAUAACACCAUUGACUGUUCAAUCAGGUGAAGGUGAUGUUUCCAAGGCUGAAGACACUAUAAGUGCAUCAUCUCCUCCACAUGAUGACUCUGAAACUGCUUCAGCAGAGCCAGAGUGUGAUUUGUAUCAAGGUAGUUGGUUUUAUGAUCCUGGGGGACCUCUGUACACGAACAACUCUUGCCCUGUUCUGACGCAGAUGCAGAAUUGCCAGGGCAAUGGAAGACCUGACAAGGGAUAUGAGAACUGGAGAUGGAAACCGUCUCAGUGUGACCUUCCUCGUUUUGAUGCCAGGAAAUUUCUUGAACUAAUGAAAGGCAAGACACUGGCCUUUAUAGGAGAUUCAGUAGCUCGUAAUCAGAUGGAGUCCAUGUUGUGCCUUCUUUGGCAGGUUGAAACACCAGUCAAUCGUGGGAGCCGAAAGAUGCAGAGAUGGUAUUUUAAGUCAUCAUCAGUAAUGAUUGCCCGUAUUUGGUCAUCUUGGCUUGUUCAUCAGUUCAACGAAAAAUUCGAUUAUGCUCCUGAAGGUGUCACAAAGCUAAAGCUGGAUCUUCCUGAUGAGCGCAUAAUGGAAGCUAUCCCGAAAUUCGACGUGGUUGUCCUCUCAUCAGGGCACUGGUUUGCAAAGCAGUCGGUCUACAUAUUGAAGGAAGAGAUCGUGGGAGGCCAAUUGUGGUGGCCAGACAAAUCAAAACCCAUGAAAGUCAAUAACGUGGAUGCAUUCGGAAUAUCAGUUGAAACAAUCCUAAAGUCCAUGGCUACACACCCGAACUACAGCGGUUUGACCAUUGUGAGAACAUUCUCACCUGAUCACUACGAAGGCGGUGCUUGGAACACAGGUGGUUCAUGCACAGGGAAAGAAGAACCCAUCCUUCCAGGGAAGCUAGUGAAAAACGGAUUCACAGAGAUAAUGCACGAGAAGCAAGCGACAGGAUAUAACCUAGCCGUCGAAAAAGUCGCGGAGAAUUUGAAGCUAAAAUUAAAGCUGAUGGAUAUCACAGAGGCUUUUGGAUAUCGACAUGAUGGUCAUCCUGGUCCAUACAGGAGUCCUGACCCGAACAAGAUCACUAAACGGGGACCAGACGGACGGCCUCCGCCUCAGGACUGUUUGCACUGGUGCAUGCCGGGACCAGUCGAUACAUGGAACGAAAUGGUGUUGGAGCUCAUAAGGAGAGACAAGGAAGGCAGAAAAAGUAAAAGUUCAUCAACUUGACUUGGUUUGAAAACUCAAAGCUGAGAGAGCAUAUUACACGACAUAUACUAUAAAUCCGAUUCUUGAUUACCGAUAAACACAUAUAUAAACUCACUUGUAGAUUUGUGCCAACCACGGUGAGUUAGGAUUAGGAUUGUCUCAGAUGGUAUUUGUUCCACUAUACUUUUUGGUUUGCUUUUGUCUUGACUCAUGAUGAGAUUGAAAUUUAUGAGUUCAAGUUUAUUCAUAGUA